CCGUAGUUACGUAACCAAACCCACGUGGUCAAAUCAAAACAUCAUGGCGGCUGGUUUCAAGACUGCUGAGCCUCUGGAGUACCACAGGAGCUUCCUGAAAGAAAACUGUCGCCCUGAUGGGAGGGAGCUGUCAGAGUUCAGGACCACGACUCUGAACAUAGGGUCCAUAUCCACAGCAGACGGCUCGGCCCUGGUGAAGGUUGGAAACACUACGGUCAUCUGUGGGAUCAAAGCCGAGCUGACAAACCCGACAGUGGAGGCCCCUGGGAAAGGUUACAUCGUGCCCAACGUGGACCUGCCUCCUCUGUGUUCCUCUCGCUUUAGGCCGGGUCCCCCGAGCGAGCAGGCGCAGGCCGCCAGCCAGUUCAUCGCCGAUGUAAUCGAAAGCUCAGAAGUGAUACAAACGGAGGACCUGUGCAUCGAAAGAGGAAAGCUCUGCUGGGUGCUCUACUGCGACCUGAUGUGCCUCGACUACGACGGGAACCUGUUGGACGCUUGUACCAUUGCCCUGCUGGCUGCCCUGCAGAACACAAAACUCCCAGAGGUCACCAUCAGCACAGAGACACCUGAGGUGAAUUUAGCAAAGAGACGUGGGCUGCACAUUCACAAACAUCCAGUCAGCGCCUCUUUCUGCGUCUUCGAUGACUCCAUACUGAUCGUAGACCCCACGGCUGAGGAGGAGAGCCUGAAGACCGCUCAGCUCACUGUGGUGACGGACGAGGAGGAUCGACUCUGCACCGUACACAAACCAGGUGGGACGUCGCUGUCGGGAGAGAAGCUGCAGGAGUGCAUCAGUAGAGCAACAGUGCGACAGAGAGAGAUCCAGAAACUUAUUGAUAAAGUCAUACGUAGUGUAAAGACGGCACAAUAAAGAGCCUCACACAAUGCUUUUUUUAUCUAAAAGCUGUAUUUUCCACUGUCAAUAUAUAUUCUUUUUUUUUUAAUAACAAUAAAACUGCUGACAAAGA